AUGAGGCUAGAGGUUGCCUUGAUCAAGGGGGUAGGAGUGAAGAUGAUGGCUCUUCACCCAUUUCCUGGAAAGGCUCUCACAAAGGAAGGGGCAAGAUCAAGAGCAGGCAUUACCUCAGGAGCAGCUGGGACACAAUGCAGACAUGCUAUGGCAUUGUGUGCUCUCAGCUCUACACCAGCAGAAUUUCUCAAUUCUCAACAGCCAGCUCUUCUAGCAGAUGGAGCAGCUCAAGCCACAGAUAGACAAGCAACUCCUUUGGAAGAUCUCUAUGCCCCUUUUUGUUCAAACACUGCAGAACGGCACUACCUCCUGCAGCCUCAGUUCAGGAAGGCCCAACUCUUGGGAGCAGUCAGUCACUCAGCACCAAAGCCAGCUGUGCUCUGUAUGACUUGGCAGAGGAAAGACAUCAGCAGUCUCAGCAGGACCUGUGAGAUUGCUACUGUGGAUAUAAAUUGCGAUUGCCCACACAUGCGUUGGAGAGGCAGAAAUGGAGACAAGAGACUGAAUGUGUCUGUGGAGAAUGCAGCUAGGGAAGGGAGCUGGGGGAAACUUGCAGAACUUGCCAGCAUAUGGGUGCAGAUGAAUAUAAAUGAAUAUGUAGCCGCAUUAAUUGCACUGAAGCAAAAAAUGAUUGAUGGAGAUCGUUUGCUGACAGAGUAUCAACAGAAAUGCACUGAGCUUCAAUUUGCUGAACGAGAGAUCUCUGCUCUUCGUUGCCAAGUGGAGCAGAUGCUACAGAAAAUCCUGCCUCUGGAAAAGUGCCAGGAAGAGUUGGGUUCCUUGAAAGCAGAGUUGGAAGAGAAAAAGAGUUCUCUCAAGAUUUAUCGGGAGAGUCAACUGGAAUAUGUUAAAAUUAAAGAAGAAAUAGUAAACAGCGAUGCUGUGAGAAAGAAACUGGAAACAAAAGUGAAGAAACUUGAAGAGGCUGCAACAAAGCAUACACAGGACUUCAGACAACUGAAAACUGAAAAGAAAAGGCUUGAAAAGGAGUUAAAGAAGGCACAAGGAAAACUUGAUGGUGUACUUAAAGAGAAGUGCAGAAAAGUUAAGCAUGUGGAGACCCAGAGUUCAAGUGAAGAUCUUACAACAGAUAUAGACAAAGAAAAAAUAAAGCUCUUGUUAGAAGAACUCUGGAUGUGCAUUGACAGUGCAACAGGAAAAAGAGAGAAUCGAGAAAAUGAUCCUGUCUUGGCUUCUGUUCAGGAUAAGGCAUGGCCUGAAAAAAGAAGACUGACUGUUACAGAAGAAACUGUACAAAUCCACCAAAAGAUCAGGAAGUGUGACGGCAAAACACUACCUUGGUAUUCUUCACUAGAAAGUGCUGGAAAGCAAAAUUCUGUAACAGCCAUGCAACUUCAAGCGUGUACUGAGCCUUUUGGAGGCGACUGUGUUGAGAACAGGACUACUGAAGAACGUCUGCAGGGUGGUGAGGAUAAAACUGUAGAUGUGAUAAUACAGACAGAUGGGGCACACAGCAGUUCAGACUUCUCUGAUCAGGAGCAAAAGGGCCCAGGUGGAAAUGUGAUGGAUAUAUUGAAUUGGGCCAGGCCUCUCCCUGCUCUACUUUCUCCAGUACAGCUUUCGCCACUAACUACACAGGAUAUAUUGAUUGGAGAAGUCAUAGGUUCCAGUGACGAAGAAGUUGAUUGCAGUGCUUCUGCAGUGGAGGAUAUUUUACAAGACCAAGUUCAGCCUCAGAAUUGUAAUGUAUUCAGCCUCGAGGAGGAGUGUAACAGACAGAGCAAAUCAUAUGAGCAUGGUCUUGAUGCAGAAAUCUCAUGUAACCUGAGUUGGAAUGAAAAGAAUGUUCAUAUUGGUCCAAAGAUGUCAAGCAAGAGGGAGAGAGAUGCUGAAACAAAGCACGCUGAAGCUGCUACUUUAAUUACAAACAUGGAAACUAACAAAGAUUGUUUGGAGGAGAAUUCUGAGAAUAUGGAAACUGAGAAGAGAGAACUAACUGAAGCAACAGCACGUGAAUUGGAAGCCAUCAAAGAACAGAAAGGAGAGAGUGAGGACAUGCACAGUGAAGAGGGAGGUUCUUCAGCUGAUUUUAUGUUACACAGUUUCAAGCCUCAGAAUCAGAUGGAAAAAUGUAGUAAGGUAGAGCAAACAGAGGAGAAUGUAAUCUUAAUCAGAGCUGUUGAUUGUGAGGGUACACAUGAAAAGCAUGGUGAAUUAAUGAAAGCAGAAAGAGAUGGAUUAUCAGGAGAGAGAGAAACUCCCAGAGAAACUCCCAGGGCAGUAUCUGUUCCCCAAAAUGUUACUCAUUUGCCACCUGAGCAAUGCAUCAUGCUGCAAAGUGAAGAUUCCGAGGAGAAAUCUGAUGUGUUGAUACAGAAUGAAGUGGUUGAAAAUGAAUCAAAAAAUGUAAUCAAAGUAAUUAAUACGUCAAGUGAUGUAGGGGAAAACGUAAAACAAGUGAUAACUGGAGAGGAAACAACAGCUGCAGUACAGAUGAAAGGACUCUGUGCAGAGGCAAAUAAUGAGAGAGAGCUCUCUGAAAAUGUAUUGUCUGAUUUCAGUAGCACAAAAUCCUUCUGUGAAGUGGAGUGUCCUAAAGACCUAAUGAUACAGCGUGAUGGGGAGGGAAUAAUUAUGGAGACGGAGGCAGACACUGCAGCUAUUGAGGUCUGUGCACACUCUCAGUGCUCUGAAAUAAAACGUGACAGUGAAGAGAUACUGGAGAAACAAUGUGUGGAAACAAUAAAAGAUGAAGCGGACAGAGAAUGCGAACCAGAGACUGUUAAAGUCUCUAGACAUCACUUACCUGUAUCUGCUAUUGAAGGAAUCAGAAAUUCAUUGUCUGUGGAUGACAUAGACAAAAAUGUACAUAUGGAGAGGGCUGCUUUGUCAGCCUUUCCAAAAGAUGAUGAACAGCUCAAAAUUGAAGACAUGUAUAUAACCAGACCUGAGACUAUUGAACUAGCCAUGAAAUUUAACAGAGAAAGUGUUCUAGAAAUAGCUGAAUCGUCAGAGCUACUCCAUAGUGCAGAAAAUGGAAAAUUAGUAGAUAUAAAGGAGGGGGGAUAUUUAAAAGGCAAGCCACACCAGGAAGAAAAUGGUAGUAAUUUAUCACAAGGGAAGUCAGACUUGGAAGGUACACUUGCACUACCAAAGACAGCAUGCAUUAUGGAUGCAGAAAGCAGUGUAGCUAAGUGUGAAUCCUCUGUAUUAGAUUUUACAGAAAUAAAAGGUGAAAUAAAUCAACCUGAAAACUUGUGUAGUACAUUAGAACGUGUGUUGUCCCAAACUCAAAACUUUAGAGUGUUCGAAUCUCAAGAGACUGAAUUCAAAGUUAAUCCAGAUGAUUUCGGAGAGGAAAGCAGUGAACUGUUAGAAAGAGUGGAUACCAUUGAAUCUGUCUUAGUAGAAAGUAAUCUUGCUUCUAAGGCACAGUUUGCAAAACCUCUGAAUCAGUUCUUGGUAACUGAAAAUGUUAAAUGUGAUGAAACAAAAGGGGAAUUAAAUAAACAAAGCAAGGAAUUGGUGACUGAGACUUGUUCCAGUUCAUUUAACUGGGAAGUCAAUGUGAAGAAAAAUAAUAUUUCAGAGAUCAUCUGCCAGCCUACUUCAGAAAUGGAUUUUAAUAGUGGCUUGGCUUUUUCUACUCAAGGGGACUUGAAGAUGGGCUGUAUAAAUGCUGAAGAAGCAGAUUCUCCUGUGAAAGUGGGAAUUGGCUUGGAAUCCACAAUGCCUCCUGAUCUAAAUUUCAGUCUUCAGAAGGUUGUCAGUUUUCUUGACACGAAUUUCACAGAAAAGGCUGCUUUUUCCCAUACAUGGGAAAACAAAGGAGAUAAAAAUUGUGUUACAGGUAGUGCAUUUAACUGUUCUUCAGGAAGCUUGGAAGAGGGUGGUGAGAUCCUGUCUGCUGAAAAAGACAACAUGUGCAAAGAGCUGGACUGCCCUGAGAGGGAAUACGUACACAAAAAUGAAGUGAAAAUUCCAGAUGAGAGGGAGCAGCCAGUAGAUAAAGAACCUCAGGCAUCUGUUAAAUCACAGAUCCUGGAUGCAAACUCUUACAAUAAGAAUACUUUUCUUCUCCAGAAGUUUAAUUGUCAAGAAUCAGGAUGCAGGACUUCUACAUGGGAGGUUAGAACAGAUCCCUCUAGAACUGAUUCACUAACAGCUGGGGGAGAAAGCAAAGAAUUGAAUAGUUUUGAGGCAUCUGGGAAAAAUGACAUAAAAAGGACUAAAAAUGAUUUUGAUAUGCCAGAGCAGAGCAAUGAAUCUGAAGAGGAAGACUCUUCUAUACAAAAAGUUCGAUAUGUGAAAUGUUCUGAAUGUGUUCCCAUGUUCAGAAAGGAACUGAGAGCUUCCAGGAGAAUUGCAGUGGGUGCUCUGGAAGCUGGUGCAAUUGUUGAUGCUGAUUACCAAGUAUGUGAACUUCAUUCAACAAUGCACCCAGGAAAUACUUCGACAGCUAGUCAUCUAAAAGCAGACACUGUGGUGGAUAUGGAUACACACAGUGAAACAAACACCUCUCUGAAUACUGCAAAUGAGUUGUCAAGUGUGGUUGGGGAGAGUUAUCCUAAAGACGUAGCCUCCUGGAAAAGAGAGUGUAUAGUAGUAACCCCUGAAAAUACUGAGAGUGCUAAUGAAUGCAUGGUAGAUUCUAACAGAGCUGGAUGCAUCAAUGACAGUGAGGAAAGUCCAUUAAAAACUGGGCCAUCAAAAGAAAGCCCUGUGAUGCCAAAUACUUCAAAAAAUAGAUUACCACUAUGCCAGAUGUUAACCAGAUUCUCAGAAACUUGCAGACCGGCUGUAAAAAACAGUAAAUUAAAUACAAGAAUGUUAGCACUUGGCAAUUUCUUAGAAGAAAAUGAUUCUGAAAAACUUCAGUCAAAUGUGGAGCAAAGUCUACUACACGGUGUUGAUGUACAUGGGGAGAAAACAACACUGAUGUUAUCCUAG